CCAUCCAUUCCAUCCCGCAGCCGCCGCCACCCACAUUCCCCUUGUUCCUCGCGAGCUUGUCCCAUCGCUGCCAGUCCCCUCCAUCCUUGGGAUCCAAGCCCGCAGCUUCUCCUCCUCGUUUUCUCGAGUCCCCCAACCAGAUUCCAUCCCCAACCAACCACCUCGCUAGACCUCCUCUGCUUUUCCUCGUGCGUGAGCUGCAGUACGUCGAGCCACCCAGUGCCUCCACCACCUCGUCGGGCCAGCCGCCGCCGGAGACCGAGCCAGCAGCAGGUCAUGCCGGCGGCCUCCUCCCUGCCCUCCCUCCUUCUCGUGCUCCCCCUCCUCCCUCAUCUUCUCUCACUUUUCUCCGUACCAGGGAGCCGCCAUGGCUUCGAACCUUGCCGCGUUGGCACUCCUACUUCAUUUCGUCGAGGAUCCGGCCAGAUCCGGUCGUCCCCGCGUCGUUCGCGCCGCCGAGAACAUGCACUGCCUCCUUCAGCUCUGUCCGCACGCCACCUUGCCGGAGAUCGCCGUCACGCGGCCGGAUCCGCUCGUCUCCGCCGCCUCCCCGCCGGUUCCCACGUCGCCUCCCUGCGCCCUAGAGUCCAUGCCUGCCUGCACUCUUGCCGCCUCCAAGUCCCAUUGCUACCUCUGUUUCAGAGGAGGACGACGCGGUCGACGCCCGCGUUGACUGCGCCUCGCCCCGCGAGCGACCGCCGGGUGGGCUCCAAGGCCCAGCAGCCCCCAUGCCGGCCUCACCUCACCGCAAAACUGGGCCAGGCCCGUUGGGUUGUUUGCUUCUUUUCGGUUGUUGUUCUUGUCGAUAGUUCCUGGUUCCAUUGCGAUUGUGACGAUCCGUUCGACUACGUUGGUUCAUCUACUUCAUGGAUUCGGUCUUCUUCCUAGCGGGAUUCCAGGCAAGAUGAUCGUUACCCUAGAUACCACUACUAUCUUUGCUUGCUAGUUGUCUCGAUGCUAUCGCUAUGUCGCGCUACCUACCACUUGUUUAUCAAGCCUCCCAAAUUGCCAUGAUAAGCCUCUAACCUUUCCACCAUCCCAGCAAACCGUUGUUUUGCUAUGUUACCGCUUUGCUCAACCCAUCUUAUAGCAUUGCUAGUUGCAGGUGCAGUUGCAGUUUGUUCCAUGUUGGGACAUGGAUAUGAUGGGAUAUCACAAUAUCUCUUAUUCAAUUAAUGCAUCUAUAUACUUGGUAAAGGGUGGUAGGCUCGGGCUUUUGCCUGGUGUUUGGUUCCACUCUUGCCGCCCUAGUUUCCAUCAUACCGGUGUUAUUGAAGGAAAUAUGCCCUAGAGGCAAUAAUAAAGCUAUUAUUUAUUUUCUUA